AUGAAGUUGCUCUUCCGAAAGCGAGACAACGAAGACAUGGCCUUCGGGCUGGUGGCGGAGGAAGACGACGACCUAUGGCACCUGUACAACCUGAUCAGUGUCAAUGACGAAGUGGAGACCAUCACGUCAAGGAAGGUACACAAGGACAUUGGGAACAACACGUACGCCACGGAAAUCAGGAAAAUGAGACUGACGCUCAUGAUAACAAAAGUGGACUUCGACUCAGCCAAUAGCAGUCUGAGGCUGUCAGGGAAAAAUAUUAAAACCAACGAUUAUGUAAAAAUGGGACAGUAUCAUACCUUCGAAAUAGCACUUAAUGAAAAAAUAAAAAUAAAAAAAAAAAACUGGGACAGUGUGUAUAAGGAGAAGUUGGAGGAAUGUACGAACGUAAAGAUGAAUUCCAAAGUAGCCAUCCUGUUGGUGAAUUGUGGAGAAGCUCAAAUGUACCUCCUCACGGAGAAUUUGUGUAAACAUAUAUUUACGCUAAGUAAAGUGAUAAAGAAGAAGAGAGAAAAAAGCAACAACUCUCUGUACGCAAAGUCCUUGGGUGCAUUUUUUCAGCAACUCCUACUCCAACUGAUGAAAAAUGUGGAUGUAGAAAAAAUGCAAUGUAUCGUUUUGGGUGGACCCGGUUUUUUUAAAAACGACUUCCUGCAAUAUGUGUAUGAAAAAUCAGAGCAGAAAAAUGAUAAAAACGUCCUGAGCAUCAAGUCCAAGUUCCUCAUCGUGAAGACAUCUAGCAUUAAUAGGAAUUCCGUCAACGAAAUAUUGAACAAUCAACAAAUAAAAGACCAAGUAUUAAAUAUGAAGGUCGUUUCUCACAUAGAUGUUUUAAAUAAGUUUUACAAAAUGUUUGAUAAAAGUGAGGAAAAAAUAUGUUACGGAAAUGCCGAUGUGAAAUACGCUGCGUCCUUGCAGGCUAUUGAAUCUCUGCUCAUUACCGAUCGAACUUUUCGGAACUGUGAUGUAGUGACUAGAAAGGAGUACGUCGCCAUGGUUCGGGAUGUAAGGAAUAGUGGUGGGCGUGUGUAUAUCUUUCCAGACAACCACACCACUGGAGAGCAGCUCAACGCCCUCACAGGAAUUGCCGCCAUUUUGAAGUUUCCCGUCUACAUGCCAGAGGGGGACGAUGAGAGGAGACAAAAUGAGAAACGGGAAGACGAGGAGAACUGA